AUGUCUUUAGAUGUCGCCUGCUUUAGGAGAUUACGCCGGCGAACAGUUGCAGCAGGCGGCAGAGAAAAUCCUCUUCGGAAAAUACGAGAAACAAGUGUCGCCAUUAAAGCCAUCAACAAACAAAGGAUCGUAAAUGGAGGUUUAGCUGGACAUGUCAAGCGUGAGAUCUCCGCCAUGCGACGGUUGCGCCACCCCAACAUCGUUCGUCUCCAGGAAGUGCUGGCAAACCAGAAGAAAAUCUACUUCGUCUUGGAGUUCGCUAAAGGAGGUGAGCUGUUUUCAAAGGUCGCUAAAUCGCGUUUCAGUGAGGAUCUCAGCCGUCGGUAUUUCCAGCAACUGAUAUCCGCCAUCGGUUACUGCCAUUCACGCGGCGUCUACCACCGUGAUCUGAAACCGGAAAACCUCCUCCUGGACGAGCAUUGGAACCUCAAGGUCACAGAUUUCGGAUUAUCGGCGGUGACUGAGCAGGCUCAUUCCGACGCACUCCUCCACACGAUGUGUGGUACACCUGCUUACGUGGCGCCGGAGAUUUUAGCGAAGAAAGGCUACGACGGAGCGAAGGUGGAUAUUUGGUCUUGUGGGAUCAUCUUAUAUGUCCUCAACGCCGGUUAUCUACCCUUUAACGAUCCAAAUCUAAUGGUGAUGUAUCGGAAAAUUUACAAAGGAGAAUUUCGUGUUCCGAAAUGGACAUCGCCGGAGCUAAAACGUUUCCUACUUCGUCUUCUCGACACGAAUCCUCAAACGAGAAUCACCGUCGACGAAAUCAUCAAAGAUCCCUGGUUCAAAAUCGGAUACAAAGACGCCAGUUUUUCAUCCGAUCAUUUCGAGACUAAAGACGGCGACGAUGUCGGCCGGAGCGGCAAUUUGAAGAAUCUAAACGCGUUCGACAUAAUCUCGUUUUCGUCCGGGUAUAAUCUGUCAGGUUUGUUCGAUGAACAAGAUUCCGGUGAGAUGUUUCUAUCGACGGUUUCUCCGGAGGAGAUCAUCGAGAGAGUGGCGGAUGCGGCGGAGGAGGAGAGCUUGACGGUGGCUACAAGGAGAAAAUGGUGUGUAAAGGUUGACGGAGGGCAGUAUGGUAAUUUCACAUUAACUUUGGAGGUUAAACGGUUGACUGACGAGUUAGUGGUGGUGGAGGUUAGGUGGAGGGAAUGUGAAAGUGAACCCGGUCCAGAAAUGUGGAAAGAUCGGUUAAGGCCGCAGUUGUGUAAUUUGAUUUAUCAACCGGACGGUUCGGUUGCCGGUAAUGACAAUAACAGCUGA